AUACACAUAGUCCGUGAAUUCUUUCAUUAUGUUUUCACAUUUUUUAACAUAUAAAUCAACCCAGCCCCUAUCAGUUAAAUCAAAAUCAGUUUUAUGGGGAGCCAUGUGAAAUGUGAACUAAAAAAUUACAAUUUUUCGUGUAAAAACAUAAAAAGACAAAUUUUCUGCAGAGAAUGUUUUUGUUGAAUAUUUUACAUUCUCUGCUGGUUGGACCUUCUCUAUAUUUUACAUUCUCUGGUUUUAAUCUCCACUAAGUGCUUCCAAGUCGAAUUAAUAGCACCACACAGCUGUUUUUAACAUUUAUGGAUUGACAGCUGAAAAUGUGAAUUUUUCACAGAUUUGUAGAAAUAUUCACCUAAAAUUUAUAGUUUUUAAUAUAAAAACAUUUAUAAAUAAUCGUUAUAAAGUUAAUAAAAAAUACCAAAAUGGCGCAUCUACGCGAAUCGGCCGAAAAGGCAUUAAAAAUGCUGCGUACCUUACCGCGUGUACAAAUUGGUAAUAUACGUCCAAAUCCGAACUCUAAGAAAAAUACAAAGCGUGGACGUGCUCAGCAUAGUGGCGAUAAACACGGCGCUGGCAACAAAGGUUCCGGUCAGCGACAAAAUUACAUGCGGCUUGGUUAUGAAACAGGCAACAAUCCCUUUUAUUUGCGUUUCCCCUACGAACCAUAUUACAAAGGCCAUCAUUUACGUCGACAAUACCCCCCUUUAUCGCUGUUACAGCUCCAAGUUUUGUUGGAUACCAAUCGUAUUGAUCCCAAACAACCCAUUGACAUCACAACUCUAUGUAAUACAGGGCUCCUACAUCUGCAACCUGCUAGCAUGGAAUAUGGUUUUCAAUUGACAGACGAUGGAAUUGAUCGGUUUAAAGCAAAAAUAUGUAUUGAAGUGCAACAUGCCAAGGAGUCGGUGAUAGCAGCCAUUGAAAAAAAUGGUGGUGUCAUACGUACCGCUUAUUAUGACCCCAGAAGCUUACAGGCUAUGGUGAACCCACAAAAGUGGUUCGAGAAGGGUGAACCUAUCCCAAGACGUUUGUUACCACCACAAGAUGCCGUCGAAUACUACGCUUCCGCUAAAAAUCGUGGUUACCUUGCUGAUCCUGAGGAGAUAAGCAAAGAACGACUAGUAUUGGCACAAAAGUAUGGUUAUGAACUUCCACGAAUUGAAGAUGAUCCCGACUAUGAAAUGUUGAUAAGCCAAAAAGAUGCGCGUCAAAUAUUCUAUGGACUAGAACCCGGUUGGGUUAUAGGACUUCGAGAUAAAAUUAUAGUAAAAUCAAAAGGUUUCCCUAAAGAGCGAGCAAAUACAGAGGCGAAAGGAGAGGAAACUGAAUAAAACAAUUGCCAUGAUCAGUUUGUACCGCUAUACAUUUGUUAAUUGACAGUGUUCUGUUAUAAAAAUAAACUCUAAUAAGCCUUUUAAAAAUUAGCGAAAA